UCACUGUAUAUGGCCUUUUUUCUUAUUCGGAAUAAACCUAAAUAUGGCAAUUUGGACUUUAACGAAAAAUAACUCUGCUUUAACAUGGUUUUGGUCUUGUGACAACACUUUUCGAGAAUUAAGUCGUUUGUUAAGUACUCUAUAUGCAGAUAUAAGAACACCAAACAUUAUAGCCAAUAUAUAUACUUUUGACAUGGAGCACGGUCGUCCACUUAACCGUAAAAUUGGUCCGAGAUAUUUUUUUAUUGCUUAUGUACUAUUAACACUGUUAAUUCUUACUGCCGUUGUAAUUGAUAUAUUUACAUUUGGAUUAUCUAUAAGAGAUAUCACUGAAUCCAUGAACAGGUACUCGACAUCAAUAUUUCCUUUGUUGUAUUUAUUUUUAUGUGAUGAAAUAUGUAAACGUUUUCGAUCAUUACAAAUUCGAUGGCAAUCUGAAAUAGUACAGAUUAUUGAAGUAGAUCGCAGAGCUAUUACAUGUCAAGUCUUGGAGUCGGAGCGAUUAGCACAUGCAAAACUUUGCGACAUUGUUGAUGAUAUCCGUACUACUUUUGGACCGCGAAUUACUACAUACUUAUUGUUUGUAUUCAUCGAUCAUUUGGCUCGCUUUUAUUUUAUAGCUUAUGUUAAAACUGCGUUUGAAAAUUCUCAUCCAAAUGUCAAAUCUAUAAUAACAAAAGAUUUGGAUCCUUAUUUAUUUAUAGCGCAUACUUGGACUGGCACUUAUCUGAUCGCAUAUAUGUCUGACUUACUAACUGAAUCA